GUCAUCUAACCGUGUAUAGUUUGUGCUUUGCUUUCAUGAGAAUUAAAUUUGCAAAAGUUCAAAGUACGCCAACUGGAAAAUCAAGAAAAUUGGUGCAUUCUUCGCCUCAAGCAUCAUUUUAGUUUUACCAUUUAAGAAAUAUGGAAUGUACUGAAGACGAUGCGAUACAUUCGAUAUGGGAGGAAGCUCAAAAAGAGGUUUCCUAUGAAAACCAGUUGGAACAGCAAAAGGUGCUUCUGCUGACCCGGAAAGAAAUAGAAGACUGGAAAAGGAUCGUUUAUGGCACCGAGCGAUUUCGCAAACAAUACCUCAGUGAAGAGCGCUACGCUAGGAAGAAGGAGAAAGAGUUAUAUAAACAUCUUGAACGACUCAGUGAGCCACAUCUAGACGUUAUCAUUGCUCAAAAUCUGGAAAAAUGGAUAAAAGAAGAUGGUAAGCCAAUCGAUUAUCAAGCAGAGAUCGAGAGAAUGCGUGCGAAAAUCAAUCGUAUGAAUCAGAGAGUACUGGCAUACGAACAGUCCUAUGAACAGAUUCAGAAAUCUAAAAGUCAUCAAAUGGUCAAAGAAGUGUCACGAAAAGUAAAAUUGGAAGAGCGCAAAAUUGAGGAACGCCAGGCGGAGAUAAACGACUUCUGGAAAGCAAGACGCACAGAAGCUAAUGAAGAAUGGGAAAAAGAGAAAAAGGUUUACGUUGGAAUCUCUGAAUUGUACACAGAGUUUGGGCAAAUGGAAAUGAGUCAUGAAGCUACCUUGCAAAAUAAUGAAAUUAAAAGGGCUAAAAUUGUGCAGCUUUAUGAAGAGAUCAAAUUGGCAAAAAUCGAGCAAGAGGAAGAAACAAAGCGCCGGGAGAUUGAACUCAGUGAACGUCUUCUGAUUCCGGGUAGAAUCCAGCAUAUGACUUUCGGAGAAACUGUUUUCAAGGAUCCCAAUGAUUUUCCUAUCCUCAUUGACAAAAUUGAAAGCACUCGCAAAUCAUACGAGCAAAUGUUUAAGCGACCCGGGUAUAUGGAUUUUCGCAAAAUGAGGAAGAACAAUAGAAAAAAUCUGAACAAGAGUUCAGCUCAAUUUGCACUGCUUUUCGGCGGUAUUAAACGCAAGAACAAAUCAAGACGAACCGCUACUCAAUCGAUGGUUUCCUCGAAUGUUUCGCAAUCGAAUGAAAAGACUGUAACUACAAAGUUGUCCGUUUCAGAACAAAUAAAGCCAGAGCAAACGAUUGUUUCCGUUAGAAAUUCUGUUCCAUUAAGUCGCCCAGAACCAGACGCAGUUCCACUGAACCGAGAUAUACCCCAGGGUGUCAUACCGGAAGUCAGUAAGUCUAAAUCCGUUGACAAUAUUGAAACGAAGGUAGUUGAAGAACAUCAGAAACCAGUUUGCAACGUACAGGGACAGCAGGUGAAACAAACUUCAACCGAGCCGAUGUCGCAACCUGUGGUUCUCGCCGAAAACAUCGAAAACCCCAUGCCGAAUGAGGAGUCAAGAAAGCGUCCUUCAUUUGAUACUUGCCUUCCAGCUUCUGCUCCUCCAUGUGUGGAGGAUACUCCCAAGAAACCCCGUAAGAUACAGCAGGUUCCACUCGAACCAAAUCGCAAUACAAAGCCUAACAAGGUCUCCGAGCAAAAUCGAGAAAUCGAGCCCAAGGACUCGCCAUUUGAAUUCAAUAGCGAUUCGUUUUCUUUCUCGCCGGAAAAACCAAGUCACAAAACGAAAACAACACACCAUGAACAGAGGACAUAUCCUGCUCCAUCGAAUACAAAAUCUCAAGCUACUACGGAAACGAUGGACUUCGAACCUGACCCUCACCAAAAAACAAUCGACGAUGAUAACUUCUCGUUUGGCAGUGCCUCUCCUCCCCCAGGGGAUUCCCGUCAGUCGAAAGAUGACUGCGAUUUCCUGGAUUCGGUUAGUCUCAGCGGUGGUAGCAUUUCGUCGUUCGACAUGGAAGAUCGUGAGAGUGGCAGCGAUUUAGGGUUCGACUUGUCACCCGUUGGCUCGAGAUCUAAUAAUCGCAAACCCGGCGGAUGUGGCGCCAGCAAUGAAGAUGAUUCCGACUUUGAUUUUUUGGCAAGCCCGCCAAAGUCGGGUGGCCAGUCGGGAAGAAAAGGCCGGGACAGCUUUGAUCUGAUGGACACUGACGACAGUGGAACCGGGUUUGAUUUCUUCUAGAGGAAGAAAAUCGUUAGCAGAAAUCUCUGUAAUCUAUGGCAAGCAUAGUUUUAUUUGAAGUUAUUACAGCACAUAAGAUUGUUUGAAUUCAGUUUCAUAUGAAUGAAAUACUACUAUGAAAAAUUAAAUAAAUACAUAAUUUCAAGCGUUAA